GACUCACGAUUUAUUUCUGGUCUCACCGAUUCAAAACUUUGUUUUGUUCUUCCUUCCCGACCAUUUUAGGACUUUUUCCUCGUCAGAGGAUACCGGACUUCACUAUUUACUUCGGCUUUUCUCGGACAGGGUUCAGUUUAAAAGGAUCAGGCAGAUUAGGUGCCAAAUCAGUCUACAUCUUAUCUCAGGCGUACUAUAAUCUAUCGUCUUUAUCUGAGGAAAUGAUUUCCUGGUCCAAAAGGAGAUGCUACGUCAAGGCUACACUCCUCUCACUCCACACCUACAGCCUGGCUAUAAAUACCACUGCAUUCUUUAAAUUCACAAUGUCUGUCUCUUUUUCCCUUUAGUGUGGUCAAGCGGGGUGUUGAAGAAUUUCAAUUAUCGCUUGGAUGGAAAAGAAGGAUGGCAUUUAAAAAGAGGGAGAGGGGGGGGGGAUUCCGAUGAGGCUAUUGAGUUUUCCCUGACGCAGCAGAAGCGGGGAAAAGCUUGGCCCUCCCGCUAUCCUGACCUUUUCACGCUAUGCUUUCUUUAAAAAAUCCAGCAGGUGAAGCGCUUUACGCCGCCGCGUGGAGUUUAAUAGUCGCUUUAGGCUCAGGGAAUGUUUUUUUUUUUUUCCCCCUGCUGUUGAAGUGUACAAGUCAUUUGCAUGCCUCCAACCCGCUAGCGCGCAGCGGAGGCUUUUUUGUGUGGGCAGGAUGUGCUGAGAUGCGAUUCAUUCUGCGGCAGCGCGAAGUUGCGAGCGCAUCUUGAAACAAGCUGCCAGGCAUUCAAGUGAUUCGCAGCGAGAGAUGUGUGACACCACGGGACAUUCAAGAAUUCCCUUCUGAUGAUGCUGUUAAGACAAUUUGGCAUGUACUGGAUCUCAUUGUAAAUAUCUUAUGCCCUGCCCACAAAAAUUCUGGACAUGCUGCUCUGAAAAUACUUUUUACUUUUCCCCAUAUAACUACUUAAUUUCUUUUUGUAUGGAAUUCUUCCACACCCAUCAUAGCAAAUGUUUCCCAGCAGACGCUCUUACGUCUCCGCUUAAUCGCUUCACAUCAAAUUUAAAGGCGAUAAAAAUAAAAUGGAUGGACUGGACUUUUCAGCGUUGGUUGCUUCUGCAAUACUAACUUGAAAAUGCUCCACCAGUUAUGCAAUCCAAGCAAUGUAGUUUUCAUGCUGCAUUGUGAAUCAAACUGUGUGUGUGUGUAUUAAGCAGACGGACAGUAGGACGUAAGCCUCUUAACUUAGCGCUGACUCAGGACACAUGCAGUUUUGCUGCUCUGAAACAGACACACAAGGCGUGAAAAAAAAAAAAAAAAAGGUGUGAUGGCGAGAAGCAACCAGGCUGAAAAUGUUCAUUUAAUUUCGCCUACAACCGAGUGAGUUUGGUUUUGGCGUCAUCCUCCUCCUCAUCCUCACGAAGCUUCAAAUGUGUCAUUUCUACUGUGUCGCACAUGUUGGAAAUGCUAAUCAACCAAAUGGCGGUUAUGAUAAUUAAGUAAAAGACUUUAAUUUGAUGGUCGGGUAGUAGGACAUGUUUUUUUUUUUCAGGUAUCCAGCACCUGAUUAGUGGUGAUGAGAAAACGGAGGCAUCACUGACUACUAAUCCAAUUUGAAACUCUCCGCUCGACUUUGCAGCCCUCACAGUGGAAAGAACAGGAAAAGUAUCCUGCAGACAAUGAGAGGACUAAUUGUUUUUCUUUUGGCAAUUGUGGUCUUCUCGUAUGCUCGAGGUGAGGAAAAAGAGGAGCUGGAGCAGAUGUUGGAGGAAGAGGAGGAACUGCUGCAGUGUUUCCGUUGUGAUCUGGGCUUCUGGGACGCAUGUUACACCACGGAAACCAACUGCAGCCUCGGGGAGCGAUGCUUCACGGGCCGCGGGAAGGCAGUUGAUGUUCUGGAUGUAAAGACGCUCGGCUGUGUCAAAGCAGAGGAGUGCAACGUGGAGAGCAGCGUGGAGCUCUUCUCCAACAACACCGUCUUCACCAUGACCAAAUAUUGUUGCGACACCCCCUUCUGCAAUGCUGCGUUGAAAUCAUCAGCGGACACGCUUUUGUGGGUCGCUGUAGCGUGUUUGAUAUCCUGGAACGUCACGAGAGUCUCGACACACUGAGAAGCCAACGUUGAUUGAAUCUGUGUGUGCUGCCAAUUGACUCUUCCCACAUGCUCUCACUCACUCACCUGAGUGACGCAUUUU